AUGUUAUCAUUACUAAAUGAAGUGAUACUUAAUAAUGAAAUUAACAGAUUAGUGCUAAUUGACAUCAAUGCAAUCUUUAAUAUUGAUGAGAAGUCUGAUAUGGAUAUUAGUGACAAUGAACUUGAUAAUACUCUUGAUAGAAUUAUAGAUGCAACAGACAGUGUUGGAGAAGGAACAGAAUCUCAAAAUAUUCAAUUAUUACUAGAUAGUUUAGUAACAAAAAAUGAUAUUUAUACUAUUAUGUAUAAUACAAUGAAAUUAUAUGCCUACUUUGAUAAUGAUGAAUUAAAUUCUUUAAUAAAGUGGGAAGAGAAAUUAAAUUGUGUAGGUGGAUGUUGCUUACUUAAUCAUAGUAACAAUGAUAGAGAGUUUAUGUUUGCUUUUCAAACAGAAAUGCAAAAAGAACUAAUAAAAUUUGCAAGGGUGAUAGUUUGUCUAAGAAGGGUUACUAGAGAUAUGAUGAAUACAAAUAAUUUAAUAGAGGCAUUCUAUCGAAAAUUAAAAUAUGUAUAUAUGAGAAGAAGAUCUAGACGAUGCCUUGAUAGUGAAGUAUACCUACUUGUUGAAAUAGUACUUUGGGAUUUGAACUUCUCUGUUUUUUUAGAUGAUUUGAAUAUUAGAA